AUGGACCUCUGGUGUCUCUCCGAGCCAAACCGUCGGAAGCUUUUCGGCGAUGUGAUUGAUAAGCUCGAGAGCCAGUGGGAGCGUCACGACCGACACCUCGACAACUUGCACAGACUGAACCCCACAAUUGCCAGGAAUUUCGAGACGAAGUCCGAGAAAAUAUCGAAUGCACCAUUUCGAGUGCUAGUGCCCAGGGGGACAAGACGCCGCGCAGUUGACGGGUACGUUAUAGUGAGCUGGAGCUGGCCCAACGAUGGAUGGACGAGAGCGACUGAGAAUCCUGUGUUGCAGCCGUGGCCGUUCCCUCAGGACAUGGUUAAGUCUAUUUUAGACCUCCGCUAUGAAGACGAAGAGAGGCUUGAGGGAGUCUGGAUCGACAGUCUAUGUAUCAACCAACAGGACGAUGCCGAUAAGAGCCUCCAGAUUGCCUGCAUGGACGCCAUCUAUCAGAAUGCCGCUCGCCUUGUCAUUGUCAUGGAAGAUGUUAAGAUCGACCACGUUGCCGCCGAUGCUCUGAAUCGCUUCAAUAGCGUUGUGCAGAGUGCCCGCGACAGGCUUUCCAUCGCCUUGAACGUCUCAGAUGCCGGGCUUAUAUACGAUGGACCGGAGCAAGACAAGGACUGGUGUUUCUUCAUGGCAGCACUGGCAUCUCUUGCCAUCGGUGAGCCAGGCCCCUUGAGCAUGCGACAAGCCCCUGUGGCUCUGCGAGAGGGUGGCAUAGACGGGUCUACAGCGUUGUCUUGGCUGCGACGGCCAACCAGCGCCUACACCGACGGUUUGGCCCAGGAAUCCUUAUCUCCUGCGACUCAGAGCGACAAUAGACCUCAGAUACACCUCAGCGCAACCAAGGAGUACAUCGAGAUCGACUUGAUAUUCGUUGGCGCACCGCAGAGAUACGUGCCCUCAGCGUCUACCGUCGAAUUCAUACGGGCCAUCGAAGGCCGACCGGAGUGGCAGACAAUCUUCCAACCGGGCAUCUCUCAUAGCUUCAUGCCAGCGGUCGCUGGGCCUGUAGAGAACCCGGUGGUGAGCAGGACUUUCAAUGGUUCGAUCGGGCAAGUGCUGCGUUUCGAAGUCUGA